UCCGGAUUAAUAGAUUGGAACAAAUCUAUCGACUGUCAACGUCAUGUGUCAGUACUCAUUGUCAUUUAUGGCUUCCAAUUUUUCUAUGCCAUUUUUUAAUAAUACAAUGAAGUAAAAGAUGAUGGGAGAUCAGUUUCGAAAAGUUGAACAAUAUUCUCCAAAAUCAUCUCCGAGGGGGGCACGGUCCCCUGUUGUAUCACGACAAGAUUCUUCAGGAACAUUAAAAACAACAAUUUUGCUAGGAAAGAAUCCCUCCAUAGUCCCUAGCGGACCUUUUUAUUUAAUGAAAGAACCACCUCCGGAAUCAGAAUUAACUGGGGCUACAAAUUUAAUGACCUAUUAUGGUCUAGAACAUUCCUAUAGCAAAUUUAGUGGUAAAAAGUUGAAGGAACAGUUAUCGUCUUUUCUACCAACUUUACCUGGUGUUAUAGAUUCUCCAGGUCAACAGGACAAUAGUUCUUUAAGAUCUGUUAUUGAAAAACCUCCUGUUGUGGGGAAAGAACUUUUACCUUUAUCCAAUAUUCAAUUAGAUGGUUUCCGACUUCAUCCUGGUCCGUUACCUGAACAGUAUCGUUACGCGAACGCGGCCCCAAUAAAGAAACACAAAAAUAAACACAAAAAACACAAACACAAGGAAACUGGUUUGCCUAGUCAAGAGACGACUGUAUCGGAUACGAAUAGUGAAACCCACGAAAAGAAACAUAAAAAGCAGAAGAGGCAUGACGAAGAGAAGAGGAAGCGGAAAAAGGAGAAGAAGAGGAAAAAACAGAAGCACAGCCCCGAACAUAGCACGGGAUUAACGCCCAAUCAACACUCUAUUUAAUUGGGGAGAGUUGAAUUGGAAACGGUACGGUUUUCGUAUCGAAAGGAUUAUUUUAAUUUAUGAAAUAUAAGUUUUAAGAUAUAUUUAUAUGGUUUAAUUAAUUCUUUAAAAUAUAUCAAUUGUUAUUUUUUAUUAAA